GCUCCACGCCAUUGGCCGGUGGCUCUCCUGGUAACCGGCGUAACCCGUGUCAACACACCGAAAGCGCACGAGUCUCAAUGUUUUUAUUAUCUAGCCAUUUGGGAUUGUUUUCAACGAGAUGACAUGGACCGGGUAUCCGAAAAAAACGGCACCAGACCCAAGGCAAAAGAGAGACGUCACGGGAGCCCGGGCGGAAGGUUCGCAGCAACAAAUAUCGAAGAGAAGCUCGAUGAAUAUUUAACCGUCCUUCAAAAGAGAAACAGAAUCUUGCAGAUCCUGAGGACCAAAGAUCCAAAGCAGAUUGAGCUGGAGCAUCUGGAGCAGGGCUUCUCCAUAUACGUGAACGGAGCAAACUCUCAGGGCAGCAGGCAGCCCAGGAGAGGCGGCCAGAAGCCUGAGUCGCAGCCCCCUGCAGCGAGGGCCACCACCGCGGCCGAUGUUUCCAGAAGGAUUGUGGGUCUAGCAGAAGAUCUGCAAGAUAUUGAGAGGGUUCGAAGAGGGAGGAGUCAGACCGCUCCCGAAAGAGUGCAGCGGAAAGAAUGGAUUCAGACUUCGGUUCAUCUUAAGGCAGAGGAGGGACCGUCUCUACACAUUCGCCCGGAGUGCCACUACUCCGAGGACUUCGAGCCCUCCGAGAGCGUCGUGAUGGAGCACUCAGGAGCUCAGUCACCUCACAGAGACCCUCGGGCGGCCCCCAGGCCUUUCAGUGCCAGGAUGGAGAGGCGAGGGAGUCACGGUGACCAGGAGCGUGGAGAAAGAGUCCUCCUCAACAUGGAUGAAGUCAAGAUGUUGCGGCGGAGCCUGCAGGCCAGUGUGAGCGUGAGGCAUGGCAGCCGCGAUUCAGCAGGGGAGGAGUCUGAGGAGGAGUGGGUAGAGGAGCAGAUCGAGAGGGAGGAGAGUGCGGAGAGCCUGGAGGAGCUCGGCCUUCCCCCUAAAAUGCCUGCCUCCAGCCUGCAGCCCAGUGAGCCCCCCAGCUGCCAUCUCGACCCCGGAGACCUGAUAGUGCUGGACUUCGGCCCGUCUCCAAACGGUGGGAAGAUUCAGCGUUCCCUCUCGGCCAAAAGGAAAGCCAGUGUGGACGCGUACAUUCCGACCAAGCCGGUCCUGGUGAAGAGCAGACUGCUUGAUAAGGCUCCUUCUACCUCAGGAAGAGAUGCACCAAGGCUGCGGAGCCGCGUGGAGCGCCCUCUGUCUGCCGCCCGGAGGAGCGCUCAGGAGGGGCGGGACUCCGAGGAGGCGGCAUGCCGGGUGUUCCAGGCACUUCAGAAAGAGAACAGCAUGCUGCAGCCGGGACUGCGGGCCCUGGAGCAGAGCCGCCCGAUCAGAAUGUGCCAAAGGAGUGACGUCUCAGAGGCUGACGGGCAGAACGGGGUCACCAAGGCUAUGCAGAGAAUCUCGCUCAUGGAGCCAAGCCAACAGAAGAAACUGCUGAAGGCUUUGGAGAAGAUUGAGGCGAACAGUAAUGUUGAGGACCCCCAAACGGCAGAGACCAAGACCAGCAGAGACAGGCUGCCGCAGAGAUCUCCAGUGCCAGUGGAGGUCACUCCAUCUCUCUACGUAACCAUGGAGAUCCUGUCCAACUGGGGGAACAGCCAGCAGGUGGGGCUCACCGAGAUGCAGUUCUUCUGCCCGAGGAACCGGAAGCUGUUCGUGUCUCCGCACGACCUGGACAUCCGGAACGCCGACAGCCCCGGGAACCUGGGAGCGCUAGUCAAUGGGAAAGCCAAGACCACCAAGGAGCGCAACAUGUGGACCUGUCCUUUCCACCCUCCGGUCCAGCUCUACUUCAUCAUCCGCAACCCCGAGCGAUCCCCUGACUUCGGCGUCUCCAAGAUUAAGAUCUGGAACUACAACAGGAGCCUGAAUGAUCUGGACAUCGGUGCCCGACACGUGAGGCUCUACCUGAACAGCACACUGGUGUUCGAAGGCGAGCUCGAGAAGGGCUGCGGUAACCAGGUCUUCGACUACAGCACCACGGUGGAGCUUCAGGCCCUCGGCCAGGAGUCCACCUCCCCCAGCUUGGUGUCAUCUGGCCACAGCCUUAUCGGCGAGAGCUCCAACCCCGGCCAUGACACCCAGCAGGGUGAAGUGACCGAGAUCCAGGGCAACUUGCGGACGGAUCCCACGCUCGCGGCCGGCCCUGCCGCCACGUUACCCAUGCAGAAGGACUCCCUGGAGCUGCCGGACAGCUCCUCGCUGGAUGAGGAGCUGCUGCUGAGGCAGAUCCCGGAGCAGCCAGUGGAGCCACCCGCCUCAAAGUGCGUCCCCACUUAUUCCCACUCCAUGACCCCCCCUUGGCUCCAGCCCCUGAGCCGGACAGACCAAGACGAGCCUGAAUGUGGGAAGGAGAGGCCUCUGUGGCUGUCCUCGGACCUGGAAGCCAAACCCUCAGCACUAGGCAAAUUGGAUGACAACUCGGGUAAAGAUGGCCGGCCACCGGGCCCGGGGAAGGAGCAUUCUCUCAAUGGCGGGGCAAGGCACCCUUCCUCGGAGUUCGACACUGAUUCGCUGGACCUGAGCGGAGGCGACCUGCUAGAGGGUUUCUGUGUGAAGCUGGACCGGCCCGUCAGCGGCAGGAGGAGCUUGAUAAAGAACGCAAAGCAGACGGAACCAAACGACGAAGGGCUGCCGGAUCUGAGCAGACGAGAGGAGCUGGAGUCAAUCGUGGGCGCCAGGAGGCUGUGGAGCCCACGGUCCCGGCGCCGCAGCCAGCAGGACAACACGCUGAUGGAGUCCUGGGACUCGCUCAUCAAAUUCAACCAGUGUCAGCGAGGCCGCAUCUCCAACAUGGGCUUCGAGGGCGACAUCUUUGACGAGUUCCUGCAGCGGCAGGGCCGUCCCGACGCGGCGCUCGGGGGCCAGCCCCCCCGGGCCACGCGGCAGGAGAAUGCCGGCGAGGAGCCGGAAGAGGAACCCCUGGGUGAGGCCGAGCGUGACGAGGAGUUUGAGAUCCCCGUCCUGCCGCGGGGCCAGCAUCUGCUCAUCAACAUCCUGUCCACAUGGGGCGACCGACAUUACGUGGGGCUCAACGGCCUGGAGAUAUUCAGCUCCAGUGGGGAGCCCGUGCUUCCGGCCUGCAUCCGCGCGGACCCCCCAGACAUCAACAUCCUCCCCGCCUACGGCAAAGAUCCGCGCGUCGUGGCCAACCUCGUCGACGGCGUCAACCGCACGCAGGACGACAUGCAUCUGUGGCUGGCCCCGUUCACGCCAGGGAGGCUCCACCUCAUCUACGUCGACUUCCACAGCCCCUGCCAAGUGGCCAUGAUCCGCAUCUGGAACUACAACAAGUCGCGCAUUCACUCCUUCCGCGGCGUAAAGGAGAUGGAGAUGCUGCUGGACGGAAAGUGCAUCUUCAGGGGGGAGAUUGCCAAGGGCUCGGGGACCCUGUCUGGAGGGGUGGAGCAGUUCGGCGACACCAUCCUGUUCACGACGGAUGACGACAUCCUGGAGGCCGUGUCCCGCUACGACGAGACGUUUGAGGGCGAGGAGCAGGGCCCCGGCUCGCUGGUGUGCGAGGAGGAGUUGCAGCGGCCACGCACGGCGGACGGCGAGGGUGACGAGCGACCCUUCACGCAGGCCGGCUUCAGGAGCGACGACGAGCAGCAGGUGCGGUUGCAGCUUUCGGCAGUGUGUAACCUGUCUGAAGGAGCAGCGGAGAACGUUCCCGGGAUGUACACUGGAAAGUGCCUUAAGAUCAACUUCAGUAUGACGUGGGGUGAUUCUCAUUACCUGGGCAUCACGGGCCUCGAGUUGGUGGGCAGAGACGGGCAGACCCUGCCCCUGGACCUCAGCAUGAUGAGUGCCUCCCCCCAGGACCUCAACGACCUGCCCGGUUACGGCAAUGACGCACGUACCUUGGACAAGCUGAUUGACGGACACAACAUAACUAUGGAGGACGAGCACAUGUGGCUGAUCCCCUUCGAGUACGGGACGGAGCACAUUCUCUCCGUGCAUUUCGAGGAACCUCAGACUGUAGCCGGCCUGCGUAUCUGGAACUACAACAAAUCGCCUGAGGACACUUACAGGGGGGUGAAAGUGAUCCACGUGUCCACGGAUGACACCACUAUCUCUCCACCUGAAGGCUUCUUGAUCCGGAAGGGUCCAGGGAACUGCCACUUUGACUUUGCACAGGAGAUCCUCUUCAUCGAUCACCUGCCGUCCACCAGCAGCAAGGCCUCAGACACUCUGCAAGCCCACAGAGGCAGCUCACAGAAAGAGGAGCAGGCUAGCAUGGACUACGAGGCCCCCCUGAUGCCCUGUGGAUUCAUCUUUCAGCUGCAGCUGUUGACGACCUGGGGUGACCCCUACUACAUCGGACUAAACGGCCUGGAGAUGUACGACCAGAAUGACGAGUGCAUUCCUCUUACUGACAACAAUAUCGCGGCCUUCCCGGACAGCGUGAACGUGCUGGACAGCGUGAAUGGCGACGUGCGUACUCCCGAGAAGCUGGUGGAUGGCGUCAACAACACGCACGACGGCCGUCACAUGUGGCUGGCUCCUGUGCUGCCAGGGGUGGUGAACCGUGUUUACGUUAUAUUUGACCAGCCAGUGACGGUGUCCAUGAUCAAACUGUGGAACUACUGCAAAACCCCACAGAGAGGCGUGAAGGAAUUCGGGCUGCUGGUGGAUGACCUUCUGGUCUAUAACGGUGUCCUGGACUGCGUCAGUCAUGUGGCCCGAGGAAUCCUGCCCACCUGCGACCCGGUCGUGCCGUACCACACCAUCCUCUUUACCAGCAACGGCACCAUCGCGCACCGUGAGAGGAACACCGUCAUUAGCCCUCAGCGCAGCAGGUAUCAGGAACACAACUAUGUGGAGAACCAGGAUGUGAAAAUGACCAACGAGAACCAGAUAGUUCACCAUCACGCCAGGAAGAAGCCAACAGCAGAUCCUGCAUUGCGUCCAAAAACCUGCAUGACAGACCGAGGACAGAUUGGGAAGAGGCGCUACUGAGAGCCAAAGUGAACCACGUCUGUCACGGAAGAGCCUGGCCGCGGAUUAUCCAGCUCCUUUCCGUGGUGGAGCAUUGAAUCC